UGACCGAUGCCAGAAAUUGAACAAGAAGCGGUUUUGAUUUGAAGCAACGCUUAUGGGCAAAUUUCAAAAGAGCCGCAAACGGAAACUGCUGUCCUUGGCAGAAAUUAGGACGCUAUAUUUCCUUCACCAUCUAUUGUGGCGUUAAAGUUUGGUGAUGAUUUGUAGGAUUUAUCUUUUGGGUGCAGGAGCCUGUUUAUCCCUUCUUACAGGCUUAAAUCUGUGUUACUUUUGCAUGAUUUGACACGCUAUCUUCGUUUUAACAGGGGCCGCCGUUCAAUGCGGAAGUAGCACGUCUACGGAGUGGAAAUAGAUCUGAUUCGAGAUGGACGACUCAGCACAAAAGUCAGACUGAGGGGAGCGCUUGUCUGAUGGCAAAUGCUUGGAAGACAUUCCGGAUGAUGCUGCUCUUACUGAAGGCUUGAUGGGAAGACUUUAAUUUCAAGAAGGAGGCGGAGGAGGACUAAGACGAGGGGGGUAAGGAAGGACGCCAGGAAGCAAGCUCAUCUAUCGAUGUUCAAGGAGGGGCGAAGCAUGUCGCGGCUCUCUCUGACCCGGUCCCCGGUUUCCCCCCUGGCCGCCCAGGGUAUCCCUCUGCCGGCGCAGCUCACCAAAGCCAACGCGCCCGUGCACAUCGACGUGGGCGGGCACAUGUACACCAGCAGCCUGGCCACGCUCACCAAGUACCCGGACUCAAGAAUUAGUCGCCUGUUCAACGGCACCGAGCCCAUCGUGCUGGACAGCUUGAAGCAGCACUACUUCAUAGAUCGCGACGGCGAGAUAUUCCGCUACAUCCUCAGCUUCCUCAGGACUUGCAAGUUGCUGCUUCCCGAAGACUUCAAGGACUUCCAGCUGCUUUACGAGGAGGCGCGCUACUACCAGCUGACGCCCAUGAUCAAAGAACUGGAGCGCUGGAAGCAGGAGCGCGAGCAGCGGCGCAUGGCGCAGCCCUGCGACUGCCUCGUGGUGCGCGUCACGCCCGACCUGGGCGAGAGAAUCGCCCUGAGCGGCGAGAAGGUCCUCAUCGAGGAGAUCUUCCCCGAGACGGGGGACGUUAUGUGCAACUCGGUCAACGCCGGGUGGAACCAGGACCCCACCCACGUCAUCCGCUUCCCCCUCAACGGCUACUGCAGGCUCAACUCUGUGCAGGUCUUGGAGCGUCUCUUCCAGAAAGGCUUCAGCGUGGCGGCGUCCUGCGGCGGCGGCGUGGACUCGUCGCAGUUCAGCGAGUACGUGUUGUGCCGCGAGGACCGGCGGAGUCUCUCCAUCAACACGCCCAUCAGGAUAAAACAAGAACCUCUGGACUAGAGCGGCGGGGAUGGGACCGCCCGGCC